AAAAAGUUUUGGAAAAAAAAAAGCCACAGAAAAAUCAACCAUUUUUGACCACAACAAUCACAAAAAAAAAACAAACCUCUGUACGUGAUUACGUGUAAGUGUACUCUGAAAUCCUGUACGGACUGGUAUGUUAACAAAUUAUGUGAUCACAUUUUAAAGGGUGGUUACCAGCCAAAGUAAAAAUGGAGAUAAUUGCAUGUAAUGAUUUUAUUCAGGCUGCAGUGCACCUGCAUCACAUACCUUUUAACUGCUAGGAUACUUUUACAAACUUCAUUGAUUAGGCUGAUUAUAUUGAUUUCCUAAUGUUAGUUAAAGUUGGUGUGUCAGAGUAUAUUAUAGACAGAGAACCCAAUUUUGGUCAAAACUUGAUUCGUUGUCAUUUUUGCCAGAAUUCAGCCACAGUGACAUCCGGUGGGUUUUCUCCAGACAGUCACACAUUUAAACAGCAAAAUUUGUUUUGAUGGUGAACUUGUUACUUCUCUAAUGUAUAUAACCGAAAUAUGAUAUACAAGGGAAAUACUAUACUUUAAUGUAAUACUUUUACAGGGCGAUAUGUUGCCUUUUUUAAAAUGAUCAUGAAAAAAAAAUGAAAAUGAUCAACCUGCGGAUACCUUGCAGUGCUGUAAAAGUAUUUGCCCCCGUCCUGAUUUCUUCUGUUUUUGUGUAUAUGUCGUACAUACUAAAUUGUUUCAGAAAUUUAAAACAAAAUCUAAGAUAAAACAAAGGCACCUUAAGUAAACACAAAAUGCAAUUUUUAAAUGAUAAUGUUAUUUAUUGAAGCAAAAACUUACCUAAUACCAACUGGGCCUAUGUGAAAAUAUAUUUGCCUCCAUAGUUACUAAUUCCCGAAAUCUACGAAACUGCAUUCAUAAUGGGGUUCAGCUGGACUAGACACAACCAGGCCUGAUUACUGCAAACCCUGUUCAAUCAUAUCAACACUUAAAUAGAACUUUUUCAACAGCAUGAAGUUGGUUAAAAGAUCUUACCCAGUAACACACUAUGCUGAAAUUUAAAGAAAUUCCAGAAAUGAUGAGGAAGAAGGUAAUUGAAAUAUAUCAGUCUGGGAAGGGUUACAAAGCUAUUUCAGGGGCUCUGGGACUGCAAAGGACCACAGUGAGAGCCAUUAUCUCCAAAUGUAGAAACUCAGCCCAGUAGUGAACCUUCCCAUAAGUGGCAGACCUUCCAAAAUUCCUCCAAGAGCACAGCAAUGACUCAUGAUCCAAAGCAUAGGAGUAAGUUCUAGUCCUAUAUGUAAGUGAAAGACUGAUCUCCAGGUAUCGGAAGCAUUGGUUGCAGCUAUUGCUGCUAAAUGUGGCACAACCAGAUUUUAAGUUUAAUGGGGGCAAUUAGAUUUUCAUAUGGGUGAUGGGUGUUUUGAUAACUUUUUUUGCUUCAAUAAAAACAUUUUUUUAAAUAAAAACUAUUGUGUGUUUACUCAGGUUGCCUUAGUUUUGUGUUUUUCAUUUGAACAUCUAAAACUAUUUAGUAUGAGAUAUACACAAAAACAGAAGAAAUCAGCACUCAUCAAUGUAAUGGAAACCGUUAUAUAUUGCAUUAUCAUACCAUGCCACACCUAGUUCAAUCAACCAUGACUUAAAUUAUUUGUAAUCUUUGCUGGAAGAGAACUUGAAGGAGAUAUUAGAGCAUCGAUGUGAAAGUAAAAAGCAGCUCUGUGGUUAUAAAUUCCUGAGGAACAGGUUUAUUUGGUGCUGUUGUCUGAGGUUCUACUUGAUACUUUAAACACACGUGCAUGCUUCCUGCUGGAAAAGUGUGAUUUAUUCUGCAAAUGUGGUGAGUGAAUGUUUUGCUUUCCCAGAUAAUCAUGUAUUUAUAGUGGGCAGGAGAUUAUACAAUAGCUUCCAAAGCUGUAACAGAAGUCCAGAAGAGAGCCAAGAAAUUGUUAUGUUCAGACAGAGACGUUUAUUUUAGUCCGUGUUCUGAACUGACAGGAAGGUCUGAACACGAGGCCUUCCCCAGAUCAGAUGGCAGUGUGGUUUAUCCUCAUAUCCUCCUUACAGAGUUAGCAUUUUGCUCAGGAAGAAAAGUGUAUUAUUUGAGUACAUGUGCAAGACAGGGCAGUUGUAAUUGGGUCAUGAGACAUGUAAUCUCUGAGAUUACACAGAUGUGUGCAUUCAUUAGAAAUACAGAUUGUCUUGCAAACUGAAUGUAAUAUAAAUCAUAUUAUAUUGUAUGUAUUAUAUAACAAAGAGCUUCUCAACCUUUUGUAACACUCCUGCUAACACAACAUGCACCAUACAUCAUCUCACAGUUAAACAAAUCAUAUUUUUACUUACUAUAUGUGGACAAAACAUUGUAGCUCAUAGCUAAAACGAUGGCCAAUGACUUUGUAACUUGUUGUCGAGAUCAUAGUGUACUACAUCACAAACUAUUUCAUUUGAGACGAUAAUGAGUAUGGCUGUACAGUCAGCUUCUCGUAUAACUUUUGUGCCAUUUUUGUUUUUAAAUUAGGAGAGUGCAAACGGGACUUUCAGAUAUGUUCCCUGUCAGGAUUUUUUCAUAUGUCUAUAAACAGUUUAUUCUUGGGUUUUUUUCUUGAAUUAUAAGAGCCAUACAAGAAACUCUGGGUAUUAGUUUUUGAUAAAUUAUGACAUAACAGUUCUUGGUGGUGUAUUAUUUGCCCUGCUAUGCAUGCAGUUAUUCUGUCGUUCCCCGGCCGCCCCCGCCUGGUGAAUGCAGCAUGUGCUGGUUCACUCAUAAAAAGGUCGCCUUGGUGUUUAAAUCAAGUCCGGUCAUGACUGUAAUGGAAAGAACAAGAGUGAUGCAAACUUGUGCUGUGUAGUAUUUUAAGACCCGGUUAUGACUCAUUCUCCGCUGUCAUCUGUUCUCUCGCUCGAUAAAUGUGGGAGCUGCUUCCCUUUGUUUUGAAGGAAGAAAUGACCGGAGCUUUUAUUCCCAGAAUGUUCCUUGUUUUUCUCCUGUGGUUAAAUGCCUCCUGGGGUGCGUCAGGCUCAUGGGAGUGCAAAUGCUUUAUUUGUAAUGAAGAUCUGUCAUGCUGGAAAUCCAUUUUCCUUGGUCUUUGAGAGAGCAGACUGAGGAAGUGUUUGGAGAAAAAAAAUACAGUGCAAAUAAUUGAUGGAUAGAUUCAGUCUGUUCUGUCAAGGUACAAGUACAUGUACAAGUCUGAGUCAUAAUGAGUCAAGCAAAGUUAGUUUGGUUACUUUAGGUUAAGGUUACAUUAAAGUGAACCGGAUAUCUUUGUAACCCAUGAACCCAUGGCUUUUACUCUCUAGAUCUUGGCCAUAUGUUGUUAAUCUUCAGACAUUGUGCUAAAAUGGUCUGAUGUCAGCUUGGUAUCUCCUCUGGGAUACCGGUGUGAGACACAAAGCAGCUGCAGCCAGGACUCUCUUGAAUUCGCAGUGUGUGAAGUCAUGUCCAUGACAGUUAUAGUACCUUGUGGACGUCAUUUCAGACCGGAGUUUUAGAUCAUUUAAAAAGCUUGGACAAAUGCUUUUUACAUUUUCCAAGUGAUGUUCCAAGUCUUCAGCUUUCUUUUUCCAUUUUUCCUGCAAACACCAAAAGGUCACCAGUUGUGCUGCUCAAAUACCUUCCUUCCUAUCUCAGCUUUGUGUCUUGUCUGGUCGUGGAACGGUCAGUUCUCUUGGCCGACUGUUGGUUUGUGUGCCUUCAAACAUCUCUCGAAUUUUUGCUGAUCUCAUAAAAUAUCUUGUAAAAUUUGGAUCUUUUCAUUUGGAGCACUGUUUGAGCCAGCUCCUCCUUCAAGACUGGGAAAGCGUAGGCUGGAUUCAUUCACUGAUCAUCAGUGAAAGGCAAGAAACAGAAAAAAAAGCUUUCAGAAAGGCAGAGAAAGCAGCAAUGGAGGCAAGACGCAGAGGCAAGAGCAUGCAAGAGCGCGUUCUGGACAGCGUCUUUUUGGAUAACUCUGGAUCAAAAGAACACACAGGGGUCCUGAAAACAAGGCAGUGGCUGGACAGAAGUUCCUGGAACUCUUUAUGGAUGAGACUUAAUGACUUGAGCUGUUGGCAGACAGUUGGCAUGGUGGCUGGUUUAACAUUGGCAGGAGCGAUUGGACUGUUCCAUGCUUGGUUUGUUUACUCUAUCCAUGAAAACCUGCUCUGGUUUUCCCAACUGGAGGAAGUGGAGCGUGAAAUCUCCUUUCGGACAGAAUGUGGCCUCUACUACUCCUACUACAAACAGAUGCUCAGCGCCUCGUCUAUACAGGAAGGUCUGUCUGAGCUCAUAAAUGACAACACGACAGAGUCUAUGAGGACUAUUAAUAUCCUACAACGUAUGAACAUCUAUCAGGAGGUGUUGCUGAGUAUACUCUACAGGAUUCUACCCAUUCAGUCCUACCUCGAGCCAGUGUACUUCUAUAUCUACACUGUGUUUGCUCUACAAGCAGUGUAUGUACUCGCUCUCUUCCUCACCAGUUGGAUGCUCAGUGAGUCAUGGCUGGCUGGGACUCUUGCUGGAGUCUGGUACAUCCUCAACAGAGUAGACACAACACGUGUGGAAUUCACCAUCUCUCUGAGAGAGAACUGGUCUCUGCCGUUUUUUGCGCUACAGGUGGCUGCAAUCACCUGCUACCUGCGUCCUCAUCUCCGGCUGCAGCACCAGAGGGUGGUGCUGUGGCUGGUGUUUGUCUGCACGCUUUGUUUCUGUCUCACAUGGCAGUUUAAUCAGUUCAUCCUGCUGGUUCAGGCCUUCCUCAUCUUCACUCUCGACUCGCUGGACUUUCUCACAGCUGAGCAGGCGACGUCUCUGUAUCUAGUACAAGUUGUGAGUCUGCUGUGUGUGUGGCUGCUGCAGUUCUGCAACUCCAUGGUGCUGGGCUCACUGGUGCUUAGCUUCAUCGUGGCUGUGCUCUUCAUCAAACAUUUCCAGACGGGACUGAAAAUGGGAGGCUUUGUCAUGCGUGUAGGAAAGCUGGCUCUUCAUGCAAUCCUGGUGCUCGCAUUAACCCUCAUCAUCAAUUAUACAGCUAAGCGAGUCCUGCAGCUGAGAUCAGACGAGCACAUCUUCAAGUUCAUAAAGGCUAAGUUUGGCUUGGGGGCUACAAGAGAUUUUGAUGCCAGUCUGUAUCUGUGUGAGGAGGCGUUUGGCUUGUUGCCGUUGGACACAUUUGAUCGGUUAGCUGCUACUCUGCUGCUGUACCCUUACCUCUGUACACUCUUGGUACUCGCCAUUGUGCUGGCGCUUGCUGCUCUCACCAACCUAAGAGAGUUUGGAGCUGGACGAACAUCUGGAGUCCCAGAGGAGAUGACAUUCAGCAUGCGUCCAGACGUUGCCUACAACCUCCUCCACACGAUCUUCUUUGGCCUGCUAGCUUUCUCCACCAUGAGGAUGAAGUAUCUGUGGACCGGUCAUAUGUGCGCCUUUACUGCCUUUGGCGUGUGCGGUAAGGAGAUGUGGACUUUGUGCCUGCGAGUGAUCCAUUGCAACACUGAAGGAAAGCUAAAGUUGAUCAGGUACUCCGUUCCGGUCGUGCUACUGGCGUUCCUUUAUUACAAGUUCUGGCCCAAACUGACAGAAGAACUUUCAGAGCUGAGAGAAUUUUUUGACCCGGACACUGUGGAGCUGAUGACAUGGAUUAGCUCCAAGACCCCCAAGCGUGCGGUGUUUGCAGGCAGUAUGCAGCUUCUGGCUGGAAUAAAGCUGUGCACAGGCCGAGUGCUGACCAACCACCCGCACUAUGAAGACCAAGCACUGCGGGAAAGGACCAGGCAGGUGUAUCAGAUCUACGCACGUCAGUCUGCUGAAGAGGUGCACAGGCUCCUGCGUUCUAUAGGAGCAGACUACGUGGUGUUAGAGGACAGCAUCUGCUACGAGCGCCGUCACAGCCGUGGCUGCAGACUGAGGGAUCUGCUCGACCUGGCCAAUGGACAUAUCAUGGACGGACCUGGAGAGAACGACCCUGACUUGGUUCCCGCAUCUCACCCACGGUUUUGCCAAGCAAUAAAGACCGGUGAUCCGCCCUAUUCCACCCUCUUCACCCGUGUCUUUCACAAUAAAACUUUUAAUGUCUACAAGUUAAAGAAAUCAAAGAAGAAAGGCAAAAAGGAUGGGGGUGUGUAGACGAAGGACAGUGCCUCCUCCAAAUCAGCCACCCGCCUCGUUGCUGCCUGUGAGGAAUGUUUAGUGAGUGAGUGAUCACAGUAGGAGUGUAUUGUGUGUGUGUGUGUGUGUGUGUGUGUGUGUGUGUGUGUGUGUGUGUGUGUGUACGGAUACCUGAUUAAUCCAGUGCAGGCGGAUGAUGUGGGGUGUGUAUGAGACUCUCUAAAGCAACAGGAGCUCAUGUUUAAAGAACAGCAAGCGAGACAGUGAGUGAACAUGAGAUGAAAAAACAUUUUUUUUCUUUCCCUCACCAUCUGUUUUUCCUUCAUCCUCACUCCCUCGACAUGAUCUAAUGCAUUAAACAUGUUUACACAUAUGUUACUAAAACAUACUUAUUGAACAGAAGCAUGUUACACUAUGUCCUUCUGUUUUCUCUACACUUUUCUUCUAUUUGUCAUGUUCUG